UGUUGAUGUAAUCAAGGUCCGACUCCUAGGAACAAUCCGCUACCCUUUCAGCGGCUUUCUUAGCUGUCACGUGGUUGGUGCCUUGUCACAUGUUACAGCAGUAAAUUUGUUCCGGGGUAAGAGAUCUGUAAGGAUUUGUCUCACCCUACAGAGGAGGGAUGUUGGCGCCUGGGGCAGAGGAGGAAGGGGGGGAGUCUGAAGUUCAAGUAGCGUCCCAAGAGCAGGGUGAGUGGGAGUUUGAGCAGAAACUACCGAGCGCGCCUGAGAUGGAUGAAGCCGUCGAUUCAGAUCUGGAUUAUGGAAGCCUGAUCGGCUCUGAUCGCUACAUUCUGUACAGGGACAGAAAAGAAUGGGCUGACGUGAAAGCUGUACCACAGAAUGAUGGGCCAAAUCCAGUUGUUCAGAUUGUUUACAGUGAAAAAUUUCGUGAUGUGUAUGAUUAUUUUCGUGCUGUUCUUCAGAAUGAUGAAAGGAGUGAAAGAGCAUUUAAACUUACAACAGAUGCUAUUGAACUAAAUGCUGCUAACUACACCGUAUGGCAUUACCGUAGAGUACUUUUGACAUCUUUACAGAAGGACCUAAGAGAAGAAAUGAACUACAUCACUGCAAUCAUUGAAGAUCAGCCAAAGAACUACCAAGUCUGGCAUCAUAGGAGAGUUCUUGUGGAACUGCUGAAGGAUCCUUCAGAAGAGUUAGAGUUUACUGCGGAAAUUCUUAGCCAAGAUGCAAAGAACUAUCAUGCUUGGCAGCACAGACAGUGGGUUAUUCAGGAAUUUAAUUUAUGGGAUAAUGAACUUCAGUUUGUGGAUCUUCUGUUGGCAAGGGACCUCAGAAACAACUCUGCUUGGAACCAAAGAAACUUUGUCAUUUCCAAUACAUCUGGGUAUAGCAACUCUUCCAUCCUAGAUAGAGAAGUCCAGUAUGCUAUAGAAAUGAUCAAAGUAGCUCCCCACAAUGAAAGUGCCUGGAACUAUCUUCGAGGGAUUUUGCAAGAGCGAGGUAUGUCUGAAUAUCCAAAUCUUUUGGAGCAAAUUCAGCGCUUACAGCAGACUCACAGUUCCCCAUACCUUUAUGCUUUCCUUGUGGAUAUCUACGAAGAUAUGUUGGAAAAGAAAUGUCAGAAUGUUGAAGAUACCCUUAAUCACGCACUAGAGCUCUGUGACAUCCUUGCGAAAGAAAAGGACACGAUAAGAAAGGAGUACUGGCGAUACAUUGGGCGAUCUCUGACAGUGAAGUAUGGAGUAAACCGUACAGAAAAGGAAGAACCAAUACAUGUAGAUAUUGUACAACCAGAAUAACAUCUGACUAUUUUGUUUUCACUUACCUAUAUGAUUGUGUGAUCUCUGACAGAAUAGUAUGGAGUAAACCGUACAGAAAAGGAUGAACCAAUAAAUAUACAUACUGUACAACCA